AUGGGCGGCAUUCAGGAUCUUACAAAUGAGCUUCUAUUCCUAAUAAUGGAGUAUUGCGGCUCAGAACUCUUACCACUUAUGAAUGCAUGCCCGACUGCCCUGAGAUGUUUCUCCGAUAAUCGCAAAUGCUUCGUCGCCCGUAUGUCGAAUCGCUUCGGCGGCGGCCUAGAUUUUCCUUCGUUCGUGCGCGCAGCACACUUACGCUAUAUCAGACAGGAAAGAGACUUCGCUUUCCUAGGAACCGAAGCGGUUGAAGACAAGAUAAGACAAGUUUUUGACUCAACCUGCGAUACUGCGCCACCCGAAUUGCACAAGUUCUCGGUCUCAGCACUUUGCAUUAUGUUGGAGCUUGGUGAAGAUGCAGCGCGGAUAAUCGAUAUGUAUUCGCAGGAAGCACUGGCAGAUAAGGCUGAGCAACCCAACGCUGAGUUCUAUGUUGCACGGCAGUCAACAGAACUGACUCAGGACGAGCGAAGACGUUUCAUGAAUGCAGCCUUUACAUUUGAAAGUUACUGCCUCACCUUCUUCUAUCAACGGAAAGUGCUUUACUGGAGGGACAACAACUUUCGACAGAUAUUUUUUGACAAGCCUAGUUCCGACAUGCAUCUGGAAAACAGGACCGCCGUUGGGAGAUUUUACUGCAUUAUGUUUUAUAUACGGCAUAAACAUCUGGAACUACUAUCAAGGGUUAAUUGGCGUCUUGAAUCCAUCCACGGCAGGGCGGCCUCGCCAUCAUUGACAGACGGCACUCGACAGUACUUGGAGCAGAGAUUCUUAAACUCAAUACAGCGCGAUGACCCCAAAAAUCGUCGCAAAUACUCCCUCCACCUUACUUCUCAUGGCUUAAAAAUGCUUAUAGGCCUCCAGGAGAUGAGCAUCAAAGAGCUGACAGAAUCUACUUUAACGACAUAUCUAGGAAUUAGGGAUCUUGACUAUACCACUGUUUCCUUUACGACGACAGAAUCUCCGGACUCUCGAUCAAGAAGGCUUGAGUAUUGGUCUUGCCAUCCGUGGGAAUACCUUGACGAGAUUGGUGAGAAAUUUGAUGCCCUGGGCGUAAAUGGAAAUUAG